UGUAGACCUGUCUGCACGGAGUACACAGGCAGAAAGGGAGGGGUGGCACUGCCUACCGACAUUAUCACAGUACAGAGCGGUGAAGCCGCUGUAGAUUCACCAAAUCACAGGAAUAUCUCCUCCCUCGACUCUGCACAGAAACGCUGUUUCGCUAAAGACUGUAAAUCUUCCUGUGUCGCCCAGGAGAAAGCGCAUGUUUGAUGGCGUUUUGGAAGUCUCCGCGGCGCUCCCUCCCCGGCCAGAAGAGGAGACAUUACAGAGCGAGUUAGCUAACGUUAGCUCGUUAACAAGAGAGCUGGUAAUGGUGUUUGGCUGCUUGUGCGAUCUUUGUUGCUGGAUCAUUUUUGUUUACUCUAACACAACUAGAGAUGACCUGCCUACGACUAAUGCUAGAGCUGGUUAUGGCUUUCUAACAGGCUGCUGAGGAUAUCUUCAUGGAUUACACAGGACAUCAAAAGAAAACACACCGGAUCUGAGAGCAAUAACAAGGAAAUCUGAUUCAUCAUUACAUCACCGCACUGUCAUCAGUGCAUGUGGCCUCUUUUGUUGUUUUCUGACUGUUGGGCAGCCCAAAGGCCUGUUGCUAUGCACUAUAAGAAGAGAGACAUGAGCCGUGAGGAUGCUGCGAGGAGCAGCCUUCUUUCAUGCAGGACUAUCCCUGUGGUAAUAGGGCUUCUGGUGACCAUGGCCCAUGGCGCUGUGUCAGAGCAGCAAGAUACAGUGGUGGAGAUGAUGUCUAUGGAGCUAGAGGCUUCCAUGCAGUCCUCUGUUCUCUCUGAGCUACAGGCUGCGGUAUCUUUCGUAGGCGAAGGGCCACCUACAGCUGUCCCAGAAUCCUCCAUAAAGAAUGGGGGAGUGCACAUUGGAAUACGUGACUCCUCUGCAAUCGUGGGUCAGGUGUUCCAGUUGAAGGUUCAACCAGAGCCUGCCAAUGCAAGCUGUAACAUCUAUCUCACAGAAAUUGGAAAGGAUUCUUUACCCUCCUGGUUAUAUUGGGACAAAGAAAGCUGCAUUUUGAGAGGAUUGGCCCUGGAGCAGGAUAAAGGCGUGUAUCACAUCUUGGUGUCUGGAGAGGAGAUGACUGAGAAGACCGUCAGCCAAGUGCUCCCCAGUAUGGUCUUCUCUGUCGAGGUAUAUCCAGAAGAAAGGGCAGACACUGAACCAGCCCUGCUCACUCUGCAGGCAGAUAUCAGUGGCCUCCAGCCUUUCACCUGUGGCCCUGAGGAGCCUGUCACUGUCCUCACUGUCAUCUUGGAUGCUGACUUGACAAAGAUGGUUGCUGAACAGAGAGCCAACUUGAUGCACAACAUGAGCAAAUUCUCACAUGUGCCUCUGGAGCACAUGAGGGUGGUCCCUGUUGUCAACAACCGCUUGUUUGACAUGUCUGCUUUCAUGGCUGGACCAGGUAAUGCAAAGAAGGUUGUAGAGAAUGGGGCUCUACUGUCAUGGAAACUUGGAUGCGCCCUUGACCAGGGCAGCAUCCCUGACAUAAGUAGUGUCCAAUCCUCAGCCAAGGAUGGGACCAUGUCAGGCAGGCUGGGGUACCCAGUGGUUGGCUGGCACAUUGUGAACAAAAAGCCCCAUGGUGUGAAACGAGUCAGACGGCAGUUGAACAAUACUCCUACACCAGUGCCCUCUUUGCUUCCUCCGACUACCCAUCCGGAGCCCCCUGUACGUGUUGUUCCCACCCCAAGUUCUCCCUCUAUUGCCCCAGCAACUGAAAACUCUGCUCCCCCUGUGCGAGGCCCUCUGCCUCUUCCAGUGAAGCCCACAAUGAGGGUCAGGGAUCAGAUUGCCCACACACCUGUUUUUGGGCCUCCCCAACCUACCAAAGUACUAGGAACUACAAGCACCAUCCCCAUACAACCAACCAUGACCCGGCCUACAUUUGUAGAGGCCACUGCUGUGCCAACACUGCCAAGCACCACCAAAAGACCCAAAUCACCUUCCACAAAGAGACCUGGCAAGAAAAAUAAAUCUACCACUCCAGCUCCUCGGGAACCCAAGUCCACAACUGCUAAACCGCCCAAACGCACCACUCCUCAGUCUUUGCCUCCAGACCUGAAUCAAACUCCGGAAAUCCAAAACGCCAUUGAUCAGGUGAACACAUGGGUUGGCACUUACUUUGAGGUCAAGAUUCCUCCCGAUACAUUCUUUGACAGGGAGGAUGGAACUACUGAUAAACUUCGUUUAACUUUAAAGAAGACACCGAAAGAGCCAGUGAAUGAAACCUCUUGGAUCCAGUUCAACAGCACUAUCCAACUUUUGUAUGGCCUUCCUGAGGAGAAGCAUGAGGGGAAACAUGAGUACUUUAUGCUGGCCACUGAUAAGGGUGGAAAGAGCAUCAUGGAUGCUUUUGAAGUACAAGUCAACCGUUUGUCUACUAAUGACAAACCUUCAGUUGUGUUUGCUGCACGUUUUCAUGGUGACCCCAAAACUUUGAGCAACGAUGUCCACAAGAAGAUUCUUUUGACCAAAAAGUUGUCUUACGCCUUUGGUGAUCGCAACAGUAGCACAGUGACACUGAGAAGCAUCACAAGGGGCUCCAUUGUGGUGGAAUGGACCAAUAACAGUCUCCCGCAGAGUCCUUGUCCAAAGGACCAGAUAACGGCUCUAAGCAACAAGAUCGCUGAUCCCCAAGGUACACCCAAACUGGCCUUCAUCAAAGCCAUGGAGCCAGAAUUUAAACCCAUUAACAUAUCCGUUCGAGGUACAAAUAAAUGUCAGAGUUACACAUUUAUUCCACCAGGAGAGGUGCCAUUACCUGUUAUUCCUACAGCUACAUCUAUACCUGGAACGGGCCUGAGGAGCAGUGAUGAUGUUUACCUUCACACCGUCAUUCCUGCUGUAGUGGUGGCAGCUCUGCUGCUCAUAGCCGGGAUCAUUGCAAUGGUCUGCUAUCGUAAGAAGCGCAAAGGGAAGAUGACCAUAGAGGAGCAGGCCACUUUCAUCAAGAAAGGUGUCCCGAUAAUAUUUGCAGACGAGAUGGAUGAUUCCAAGUCGCCCCCGUCUUCUAGCAUUCCUCUUAUCCUUCAGGAGGAAAAGCCCCCACUUCCCCCUCCAGAGUAUCCCAACAUGGCUGGCCCCCACAGUACCCUGCUUAACCAGGAUCUGCUGGAGGAGUAUUCCAUCUAUCAAGAUGACGAUCCCAAUGCCCCUCCUUACCAGCCGCCACCACCAUUUACUGUCCCCAUAGAGGGAAAAGGCUCCCGCCCCAAGAACAUGACAGCGUACAGGUCACCACCCCCCUAUGUGCCUCCCUAACGUGCACUGGAGCUUUCAGUUUGGAAAGCAGGUGCAAUGUAGGGAUGCUUAAACUACUACUGGAGUAAUUUUAAUGUUCAAUGAAGUGGGUUUGACUUUGUAGAGGAGCAGGCAACCAUACCCCAUAUAUUUGAUCAUCAUGGAUAAAACACUAUCGUACAAUUCUACUACUGGCACAGGGCAAAUGGAUGGGGAACAGUUUGUAAUUUUCCAGUAGUCUUUUCUUUUUCGUCCUUUAGAUCUGCUUUUGACUUCUUGCAUAUUCCUUUUUUUCUCAGUUUUUUUGCCAAGAAGAGUCAGUUUUAUCUUCAAUGAUGUACUAUUUCUAUUGUAUAGAAAAUAAUGAAGACACAGGAAAGACUGUAGCCCACAGGGCCUUUGAGCAGAUGUCACCAUGACAACAGACUUGAGGCUCUCCCUCACAAUGUUAAUCUUUAUGAGUUCUGUAUCACUCUUAUCUGUCCUUCGGCUAGGUUUACUAAGAUUUUGCACCUGUUAUUUCUAGAGGGGGAAAUGAAAUACGAAAAAGCCAAACUGAAAUCAUGAAGAAAAAAAAAAACUUAAGUUACACAGAAUCUGUUUGUUUCUUAGACUUUGAUCUUUCUCCGUUCUGUUUCAUGCUUCACUCCCUCUUGAUAAUAACAUGCAAACCUUGCACUUAUGCAAAUUCUUGUUAAACCUUGCACUAUGUGUCCUGCACAAAAUUGAACACAGUAAGUGGUAAGUCUAAUGAGGAAGGGGAAAAAUCUUUUUUGCAUCCUCAAACUCGCCACAUGACUGGGAUUCUUCUGGUGAUUAAAUCAAGAAAGGACAUUAACAGUGAUCAUGCCUGUUUUGUGGAUGUAGCCUCAUUUACGUUACAGAAAAUUACUUUUUAUUCUCCGUGUGUGUGCCACUGAAACUGCUUGACUGGUUUUUGCUGUUGCCAAGGUGAUUUCUGUGGUCACAAGGCAUAACUUGUGGGAUUGGUACAACAAUAAUGAAAGGGCCAAUGUAAUGCUGCGGUCCACCGUAGUCAAUGAGGUGGAUCCACUGAUUGAUGUCUGAUGUCUUGAAAAAGUUUUGUUGGUGUGUGGGGUGGGUGGCUAAAGAGCACUGUAAUAUCACUGCUCUGCCUCUAGGUGUCACACUGUUUGGUUCAGUGUUCCCGCCAGUUUGUCAGCUCAGAUGAGGCACAGGGACGAGGGGAUGUACAUAAUUGUGUGCCUGUGAAAUUAAACCACUCCAUAACAUUAGUGUUUUAUCAGUAAACCUAGUUGGGGAAGGGGAGGGGCCAGAGUUGGAAAUAAUUUUAUUUUUUAAUUGUAUGUCUAGAUUUAUGAUCACAAUCAUAAAAAAGACUUUAUAGUUCAAAAGGGUACGAAAGAACGUUUACUUGCCUAUCACACAAAAAAAUAAUAAUAAUGCAUUAUCUCAUUCUGAUGGGGAACAAAGAAACCACAACAAUAUGUGAAUUAUGUACAUUUCAUAUCUGAUAUCACCAUAAGAAAAAUGGUUAAAGAUCUAAUGUUUUUACUGAGUUUUUGAUACAGUCUUAAACUUGUUUUAUGAAAAUAUAUUAAUAAAAUGUAAUACUAUUUGUAAAGCCUCAAA